GCCGCCGCCGCCGUCGUCGUCGUCGUCGUCGUCGUCGCCGCCGCCGCCGCCGUCGCCGCUGUCGCCACCUCCACCGCUGCCCAAUCACUACUAUCAUAACCACUGUCGCCGCUGCCGCCGCCGAUCUCACGGCGGUGUUGGAGGUUGGAGUACGUGUUCGCAGCUGAGCCUGCAAACUGGCCGCCACCGCGAGUAUCGCACAUUUGGGCAAAAUCGACGCGAUUAGGGGUGACGAAAUCAUCAUGACAGACACGGAGGCCGCUGCCGCUGCCGCCGCUGUCGUCGCCGCCGCUGCCGCCGCGGCUGACACGCAGAAGCGGGCUAAUUUUUCGGCGUUGACAGUCGGCAAUCCGAAUGGAGUCAACAAAAUCUCGCCGAGCCUCACGAACGCGAAACCCGGUUCCGCGAAGAAACUUGUCAUUAAGAAUUUCAAAAGUAAACCCAAACUACCGGACAACUAUCAAGAACAGACAUGGGAAAAAUUACAGGAGGCUGUAGUUGCUAUACAAACCAGCAAAAGUAUUCGCUAUUCUCUUGAGGAGCUUUAUCAGGCAGUUGAGAAUAUGUGUAAUCACAAAAUGGCAUCAACACUUUACUCAAAUUUAAGUAUUCUGACGGAAUCUCACGUAAAAGCCAAUAUUGAGCAGUUUUUGGCGGAAUCUAUGGACAGACAUAUAUUUUUAAAGAAGAUGAACGAGUGCUGGCAGUCGCAUUGCAGACAAAUGAUAAUGAUCAGAAGCAUCUUUCUGUAUCUCGAUAGGACUUAUGUUUUACAAAAUCCGAGCAUUUCAUCGAUAUGGGAUAUGGGUUUGCAUCUAUUUAGACUGCACAUUGUGUUGAAUAAUCUAGUGCAAACACGUACAGUCGAAGGUCUUCUUAUGCUCAUAGAAAAGGAACGACAAGGCGACACGGUAGAUCGAACACUCCUCAAAUCGCUAUUAAGAAUGUUAUCGGAUCUACAAAUCUACCAAGAUGCCUUCGAAACAAAGUUCCUACAGGCUACAGAAAGAUUGUAUGCUGCCGAAGGUCUACGAUUAAUGAACGAACACGAUGUUCCUGAAUAUUUGGCUCAUGUGGAUAAGCGUUUGCAAGAGGAAAACGAGCGGUUAUUGCAUUAUCUCGAUACGUCGACUAAAUGGUCGCUCAUACAUACUGUAGAAAAACAAUUAUUGUCUGAACAUAUUACUAGUAUUUUACAGAAAGGCUUAAGUGGGCUGUUGGAUGAAAAUAGGAUUAGUGAUUUAUCAUUACUUUACAACUUAUAUAGUCGAAUAAAAAAUGGCCUCGUGGAGCUAUGUUUGAAUUUUAAUUCUUAUAUCAAAAAAAAAGGUAAGACGAUAGUUAUAGAUCCUGAAAAGGAUAAAACGAUGGUACAGGAACUUUUAGAUUUCAAAGAUAAAAUGGAUAAUAUAGUUAAUACGUGCUUUCAUAAAAAUGAAAAAUUCGCAAAUAGCUUAAAAGAAGCUUUUGAGGCUUUUAUCAAUCAAAGAGCAAACAAACCAGCAGAAUUAAUAGCUAAAUUUGUCGAUUGUAAGUUACGCGCAGGUAAUAAAGAAGCGACGGAAGAGGAAUUAGAGAGAUUAUUAGAUAAGAUUAUGGUACUCUUUCGAUUUAUUCACGGAAAAGAUGUUUUCGAAGCAUUUUAUAAGAAGGAUUUGGCCAAACGUUUAUUAGUGGGAAAAUCAGCUUCCGUUGACGCUGAAAAAUCAAUGUUAUCUAAAUUAAAACAGGAAUGUGGUGGUGGAUUUACUAGUAAAUUAGAAGGAAUGUUCAAAGAUAUGGAGCUUAGUAAAGAUAUCAAUAUUGCAUUCAAGCAGUAUGCAGGAAACUUACAAAGUGAGUUGGUGGCAAGUAAUCUAGACCUAACUGUAUCUAUACUUACUAUGGGGUAUUGGCCUACAUAUCCAGUGAUGGAAGUCACCCUACCGAUGGAGAUGGUGCAGUAUCAAGAUGUGUUUAAUAAGUUUUAUCUUGGAAAACACAGUGGUAGAAAAUUGCAAUGGCAACCAACGUUAGGACAUUGUGUUUUGAAAGCGUGGUUCAACCAGGGCAAUAAAGAGCUGCAGGUAUCGCUGUUUCAAGCAUUGGUCUUAAUUCUAUUUAACGAUAGCGAUAAUCUCUCUUUGGAAGAUAUCAAGGCCGCUACAAAUAUCGAGGACGGUGAAUUGAGAAGAACACUGCAGUCCUUAGCGUGUGGAAAGGCUCGUGUUCUUCAAAAGAAUCCGCGUGGUCGGGAUGUCGCCGAUAACGAUAGAUUCGUAUUCAACGCAGAUUUUACAAACAAAUUGUUCAGGAUUAAGAUAAAUCAAAUCCAAAUGAAAGAAACGAAUGAAGAACAAAAAGCAACAGAAGAGAGGGUAUAUCAAGACAGACAAUAUCAGAUAGACGCAGCUAUCGUCAGAAUUAUGAAAAUGAGAAAAACUCUGACCCAUAAUCUUCUCAUCAGUGAGCUGUAUAAUCAAUUGAAGUUUCCUGUAAAGCCCGCUGAUUUAAAAAAACGGAUUGAGUCUCUCAUAGACAGAGAUUAUAUGGAACGAGACAAGGAUAAUUCAAAUCAAUACAAUUACGUUGCGUAACCUAAAGCAUAUGCCAAAGUUACAUCGACUUGUAAAAUUGAUGCUGAUUUUUCUAGCAAAUUGAAUCUAUCGCCAUUGGUGUUUAUCUAUUGUGAAUGUGACGAGUUCAAACGAGAGAUUUAUAUAAGCAAUCCGACUGUUGAGAUAAAGUUAAAAUGGGUGCAGUUGAUUUGUACAGAAGGGGGAAGAGAGAAAAGAGACUCACUUCAGUGCACGUUCCCCAUUUUGGUUUUUAGUGCGUAAGAGACAUUUGAAUGAUUGCAGUCCUCCUUUAACCAGUGUUGUGUUGUUUCCGAGUCUUGCAAAAUAAGAUGAACAGACAGGAUAGUGUGCAAAAUAAGCUUGAUGAUAUAACGUCUUAGGAUAUAACAAUUUUUUAUGCAACACAAUUUUUCACAGCAUAUUUACAAAUAAGAGGGUGUAAUAAAGAAUGCAAAAAUGUAUACAUACUGUGACACUACCAUAAAACUAGAGCGUAAGAAUGCAAUUGCAAUAUGAUUAGUUAAUUCAAAAAGUGAACAACACAAUGCAGUAUUUAUAAAGAAAAUAAAAGAGCGUACUAUGUCUAUAUAUAUAUAUA